AGCCACCCACGGGCGGUGGGCCAUCCUCAGCGCGGGGUCUGCGCCCCCUGAGGGGGAACUCGGCCUGGGGCCCGGGCAGUUGAGGCGCCGCCGGCUCGAUGGCGGCGGAGGGGAGCGUCGCGCGGUCGUCUUGUUGAGGAGGCCGGGCGCGUCCCGAGUUUCCGGGCGGGUCUGUGGCCGGCCCGUGCGGCGCGGGUGGUCCCCGAGCGCGGAGGGGCGCGGCGGGGUCGGAUCGGCCCGCUUGGGCGGCGCCCGCGUUCCUCCGGGCCCGCGCGGGGCGAGCCGCGCUAACUAGCAACAGGGGCCGCGCUGCGGCUAGGUGACCGGGCUCGGGGCCGGGGUGCGCGGGACGCGCGGGGGGCCGGGGCUCGGGGCCGGGGUCCGUCCGCGGGACGCGCGGGGUCUGGGGCUCGGGUUCGAGGUGAGCGGGACGCGCGGGGGGCCGGGGCUCGGGGCCGGGGUGCGUGGGACACGCGGGGAUCCGGGGCUCGGCGUUCCAGGACGCCUCCGUCCGGGCGACGCCGGCGGCGUUUGCGCCCCGGGUGACCCCGAGGCCGCGCCAUGGACGGCGAGAGCGAAGUGGAGGCGCGGGGCCCCGGCGCGGCCCCGCUGUGGCGGAGACGGGCGACCCCCGGGCCGCAGCUGCUGAGCUGGAGCCGGCCGCGGCCGCGGUCCUACCAGAGCGCCGGCGGGCUGCUGGUCACCGACUUCCCGCUGGAGGACCUGGGGGCGCUCGGCCCCGCGCAGGCCCCCGCCGCGCCGCCCCCGAGCCGGGCCGGCGGCAGGACCGACGGCGGCACGGACCGCAGGGCGGUGCGCAGGAGCCCCCUGCUGCCGAGCGCCCGGCGCGGCGCGCCGGCCCCGGGCCCGACGGGCUCCCCGCUGCACGGAGCGGCCUCUCCCCGGCCCCGCCGGCCCCAGGCCUCCCCGGCCUCCAGCGCGAGCCCGCCCGCCAACAGCGCGGCGACCCCGCCGUGGCCGCCUCGGACUCCCGGCCAAGAGCCCGCCGACGUGACGGCGAACGGCCUCGCGUCGCCAAGCCACGGCGCUGGCCCGGGGUCCCGCAGCCCCGGCCCCGCGCCCCGGCGAGGGUCUCCGGAAGCCGCCCCCCCGCCGCCGCCGGGGCCGCCCGCCCCCAGCCCGCUGCGCGAGAAGCCGAGCCCGGAGAAGCCGUCGUCGGUGGUGCUGAGCACCCACAGCCCCGCCGCCCUCAAGGUGGGAAAGCAGCAGAUCAUCCCCAAGGGCCUGGCCUCGGAGAUCAGGGCCAGCAAGCCCAGCAGCCCGAGCGUGGAGCCCCACAAGAGGGUCCUCAAGGUGCGCAGCCUGGUGGAGGGCCUCGGGGGCCCCUCCGGGGACGAGGGCGAGGCGGACCUGGACGCGGACAGCCCGGGGUCCCUGCGCAGGGGCCUGCGCUCCACCUCCUACCGCAGGGCCGUGGUCAGCGGCUUUGACUUCGACAGCCCCACCAGCUCCAAGAAGAAGAACAGGAUGUCCCAGCCCCUGCUGAAGGCCGUGGUGGAGGACCGGGAGAAGUUCUCCAGCCUGGGGAGGAUCAAGAAAAAAACGCUGAAAGGACAAGGAACGUUUGAUGGGGAAGAAAAUGCAGUCCUGUGUCAAAACUACAAAGAAAAGGCUCUUGACAUGGACUCUGAUGAAGAGUCAGAGCCCAGAGAACAGAAACCAGAAGGGAAAAUUGUGAUCCACCACAAGCCACUGAGGUCCACCUGGAGCCAGCUCUCCGCGGUAAAAAGAAAUGGCUUGUCACAGACAAUGAGCCAGGAAGAAAGAAAAAGACAAGAGGCAAUCUUUGAAGUCAUAUCCUCUGAACAUUCUUACCUACUCAGCCUGGAAAUCUUGAUACGAAUGUUUAAGAAUUCUAAAGAGCUGAGUGACACCAUGACCAAAACGGAGAGGCACCAUCUCUUCUCCAACAUUUCAGACGUCUGCGAGGCAAGCAGAAAAUUCUUUACAGAGCUGGAAGCAAGACAUCAGAGCAGCAUCGUCAUCGACGACAUCAGUGACAUUGUGGAGAAGCACACCGCGUCCACGUUUGACCCCUAUGUGAAGUACUGCACCAAUGAGGUCUACCAGCAGCGGACCCUGCAGAAGCUCUUAGCCACCAAUCCCUCCUUCAAGGAAGUGCUGUCUCGGAUCGAGUCCCACGAGGACUGCAGGAACCUGCCCAUGAUCUCCUUCCUCAUCCUGCCCAUGCAGCGGGUCACUCGCUUGCCGCUGCUCAUGGACACUAUCUGCCAGAAAACACCCAAGGACUCUCCUAAGUACGAAGUCUGCAAGAGAGCCUUGAAGGAAGUGAGCAAGCUGGUUCGGCUCUGCAACGAGGGAGCCCGGAAGAUGGAGAGGACAGAGAUGAUGUACACCAUCAACUCCCAGCUGGAGUUCAAGAUCAAGCCCUUCCCGCUGGUCUCCUCCUCCCGCUGGCUGGUGAAGCGAGGCGAGCUGACGGCCUACGUGGAGGACACCGUGCUCUUCUCCCGCCGGACGUCCAGGCAGCAAGUCUACUUCUUCCUCUUCAACGACGUGCUCAUCAUCACCAAGAAGAAGAGCGAGGAAAGCUACGUGGUCAACGACUACUCGUUGCGGGAGCAGCUGCUGGUGGAGCCCUGCGCCGGCGAGGAGCCGCCCUCUCCGGGGAGGACCGCGCCCGCCGCGCUGCACUGCAGGCAGAGCUCCGCCAGCCGCCUCUUCACGCUCACCGCGCUCAGCAACCACGCCGGCGAGCGCGUGCGCAUGCUGCUCGGGGCCGAGACGCAGAGCGAGCGGGCCCGCUGGGUGACGGCGCUGGGCGGCGGCGGCGGGAGGCAGCCCCCGGACCGCACCGCGCUCACGCAGGUGGAGGUCGUCCGCUCCUUCACCGCCAAGCAGCCCGACGAGCUGUCCCUGCAGGUGGCCGACGUGGUCCUCGUCCACCAGCGCCCCGGCGACGGCUGGUACGAGGGGGAGCGGCUCCGCGACGGGGAGCGGGGCUGGUUCCCCACCGAGUGCGCCCGGGACAUCACGUGCCAGGCGACCAUCGACGAGAACGUGGAGCGCCUGGGCCGCCUGCGGGGCCUGGAGACCAACGUGUAG